AAUUAAAUUGGAAGGUGAAUUUUAGUUCUAUAAAUUUAGUUUUAUCAUUUCUUUCACUUUACUCGCUCCUCUUCAUUUCUUUCAUUUCGUUCAGACAGAGGAGAGAGAGAGAGAGAGAGAGAUGGAGACAGUAGAAGUAGUGAAACCAGCGAUAAGGGUAGCUGCUCUCUGCGGUUCUCUUCGCAAAGCUUCCUUCAAUCGAGGUCUCAUCCGUGCUGCGAUGAAGCUGUGCAAGGAAUCGAUCCCGGGCAUGGAGAUCGAGUACAUAGACGUAGCGCCGCUGCCGAUGCUCAACACCGAUCUGGAGAUCCACGGCAAGUUCCCGCCGGUCGUCGAGGCUUUUCGCCAGAAGAUUCUCGAAGCCGAUAGCAUCCUCAUCGCUUCUCCCGAGUACAAUUACUCCGUCACUGCUCCAUUGAAGAAUGCAAUGGAUUGGGCAUCCAGACCUCCCAAUGUGUUUGCAGACAAGGCUGCUGCCAUUGUGAGCGCUGCGGGAGGCUCAGGCGGAUGUCGAUCCCAGUACCAUAUUCGCCAAAUCGGGGUUUUUCUCGAUCUCCAUUUCAUCAACAAGCCCGAGUUCUUCUUGAAAGCACACGAACCUCCCCGGAAAUUCGACGACGACGGGAACUUGAUCGAUCCAGAGGUUGAGGAGAAGUUGAAGAAAGUUCUCCUGGCAUUGCAGGCCUUCACUCUGCGCUUGCAGCUGCCUGGUCAAAACAAGAAGGAAAAGAGAAAAAAAAUGAAUUGAAUUAAUGUACCACAUAUGAUCUUGUGAUUCGGACAAAUGGCAUUCCAUUGUGAGAAACGAUGUGAAAAAAUUGUUGUGCAAUUGGGGAAAUGAUUAGGGUUUAAUGUUGUAGUA